CUAUGCUGGGGGGAAUUCUCCCGGAAAAGCACGAAGACAGACGUAAAUAAAUAAAGAAAAAAUCAGCUGUGAGUUCAGCGACAAAGAUCAACACAAAAGAUUUUCGCAUAAAGAAAAUAAAUGUACACAGAAGAGAGCGAGAUGUGUGAAUUUUCAUUUUCCGUCAUCGUCGACGUGCGAUGAGUUAGCUGUGUGUGAGACGAAAAAAGAAAAUAUUACAACGCAACAUCCUCGCAAUAUAAUUUUUCACUUCCAAAAAGAAAAAGGGAAAAAUUAACGCAAAAUCAUGGAUGCAGAAAAUGAAUUUGCUGCCAACAUGGAAGGCAUGAACAUUGAAAAUGUAAUGGAGAAAUUGUGUCGCUCAAAGUUACAUCAACUCACAAUUAGUCAUCUCACAGCCGAAUUUUUCUACUCGGACAAGAACCAAAUACUUGAAUUGCUCCAAGAUGCCUUGCUGAUUCGCCAAUGCCCGGCAUGUUGUGACCUUUUGCUCAACUUUUCGAAUGGCGUGUACGAAGACGAGGAAGCUUUGUUGAAGGCAGACCCGGAUAGUCUUGAUCCCGUUAUUGAAUGCAUGUUUCCGCAACUGCUCGAGCUCGUAACACCGCGAAAUUGGACUUUGUGCGAAGGCGAAAACACACUUUUACUCGCAAUCCGCUUGAACCAAAUCGAAGUAGUGCGUUUGUUGUUGGAAAAAUACCCGGAUUUGAUCAAUUGCACGACAAUUUACGGGCAAUCGAUCGUAAUUCAUGCAAUAAUUUGUCGCAGUUUCGAUAUUGUUCGAUUUUUGUUCGAGAAAACCGAGUUCAAGCAAGAGGAUUCUUUCGACUAUACCGCAUUAACAGUCGCUUGCUUCACCAAAGGAUGUCCUUUGGAUAUCAUUGAGACACUAAUGGGCAUUUUAGAGAUAAAAAAGGGAUUUUUGCCAAAAACGUGUCUACACGAGCCACUUUUCUAUGCAGCGAAACGUCGUAGAAUGGAUAUCGUCGACUUAAUCUUAGCCAAAGACGUCACCAUGAUAAACGAACCUCUGAACGCGAAAGAAUGGACUUUAGUGCAUUGUAUUUUGGCGCACGAGCUGUUAAGAGACGAAAUGCUCGAAGCAUUAUUUGCGAAAAUGGAGGCGAUGCAGUUGAAUGUUCUCGCUCGGACAAGUGAGGGUGACACAGUUUUGCAUCUGGCGAUCAAACAUGACGUCCAAUUGGAGUGGAUUAAGAAAUUUUUGGAAAAUGCUCCGGAAUUGGCGCACAUCGCGAACAAAUGUGGCGUCACGCCAUUGAUCGAAGCCUCAAGAUGUCACAAUUUCGAAGUUGUUGAAUUGCUAAUUCGUGAAUUUCGCGUCGAUGUCGAUGUUCAAGAUGCGGAAGGGCGCACUGCUUUGGAGACAGCUACGUGGAAUGACAGUGUCGAAAUCGUUCGUUGGUUGUUGGAAUAUGGAGGCGCCAAUGUGCAUCUGAAAAAUAAAAAUGGAAAUAAUUUGUUUACGGAACUUUUCAAGUAUUUGCGAUACGGAGUCAAUGACGACGAGACUAAAAUUGAAAUUUUGUGCCUUCUUAUGCCCUAUACCUACAACGAUGGGAACAUCGAAGAAACGUUUCCUGAAGUUUUUGAACGUUAUCACAAAACAAUCGAACGUUUCCCGCGCUUUGAGGUGCUUUCCUCGUGGAUUUACAGCUGCUACACCGUCAAAAGCAACCCGUACGCUGCCAUUGUCCAAGAAUUCACGGAAGAAUUUCAGCUGGAAUCGUAUCCCGAACGCAACAUCAUCGCCUUGUGCCUUCAUGAUCUCGUCUCGAAGUCAAAAAUUGAAAUUGCUGUCAACAUCAAACUUGCGGAGCAGCUCAGUGUUUGCGCCGAAGAUGCCGUUUACGAGGGAAAAAAUAUCGAAACCUUGAUAAAAGUCGCAGAAGUCCUCAAAAAUGUCGAUGCCAUCAAUUGUGGUAUUGGUAUGAAACAAAGUUUGUUCUUUCCUCGUCUCCCGGUUGACAUGACAGUCGACGAGCUGCGUCCUCGUUUGAAGGAGUUCUAUGAAGCUUUUAAUCGUUUCGGGUUUAUUAGCAUUGAUAAAGCUGUGAAAUUUUGCAUUAGCGAGAUACUUUUCAACACGCAACACACCUUCGAGAAUAAAAUUUUCCAGUUGCGAAGCGGGAUUUUGCAAAGUCAGAUGCGUUUAAUGGUUGAGGAACCAACGCCAUCCACUAUUUCCGAUAUUGAGUUGGCUCGGCAUUUUCUUACGAAGGAAGAUGUCUUGCAGAGCAAGGAAUAUCGGAUGUUGAAGUCGUAUCUUAGUCCGAAGUAUAUUAAUAUUUUGACGCAAAAUAGGGAAAUGUUGCCGCUGGAGAGCUUGUGUCGCAGUGCCUUUCGUGCGGGACUUUUUGAAAAAUGCAAAGUUCGAUGCGCCGGAGACUUGACAAGUGCCAAACAACGCUUUUAUGAUAUAAUGGAAACGUUACAGGUCCCUCUGAAAUUGAGAAAUUAUCUAAGUUAUCAAUAUUGAGUGGAAAAUUUUUACAUAUUAAUCGAUAAAUAUUUUAUAAGGAAAAUUUUGUACUCGAAUUUUUUUGUAUUGUGAUUUUAUAAAAAUU